CGGUUCAGUGCUGUAAAACGUUUUCAAUUUUGAGCGCAUUCAACGACGCACGCAAAACAAAUAAAUGUAAUUAAAUGGAAAACGUAUUUAUUAAACGGCGCUCGCUGACUCUUAGCACCCGCCUGCUGCAGAAACGCCACAGUGCUUCGCCGCAGAGCUGCGGGCGCCAUGGAACCGGACAGGAUGUGACUUUGUCUGCUGAGCCGCCUGGCUCUCCCUCGUCUAUUGUGACACUAUCAGAUGAUGGAGAGAGCACUCCGCCCCACAAGCGAGCGCCCAGCUUGGACGAUAGCGUUGAUUUCUCGCCUCGCCUGGACGUCAGCCUGUCGCCCAACUAUCUAUUUUCACAGACUCUGGCCACCGAGAGCCCGGAGGUGGGAUGGCGCUGGAACCGCAGCAGUAACGCAACCACGGACAGUGGCUUCGACUCUGCUGAGAUAACUUCGGCCAGUCAGACCACCAGAGAUCGUCGCCGCCAAAUAACGUUUAAGGGCUGCGAAGAUAGGCGCACCCAGCUGGACAACGAGCAGUGGCGGGCACAGCAGAUGCGGGCGCGGGAGAUGCUGAAGGAGCGAUGCGAUAAGCUCCAUCGCCAGCUGGACCAGGUGGCUGUUUCGGAAAAACCAGUACCAGGACCAACGGUUCAUCAUGUGGCGGCACGCACACGCUCCGCUAGUAAGAAAGUAGAACCCAAGCCCAUUGCCUUAGCCCCUCCUCCAGUGGCAGCAGACCCCAUGGCGGAUUUCCUGAACGAUUCUGAAACGGAUAUGUUUCUGUUGGAGGCCUCCCAGCAGCUGGAAUCUAAGAUAGACACUCAAAAGGUCGGCGAACCAGAGCCGAAAGUUUCGGCUAUAACGACGCCAACCAGCCACCACAAAACGAAGAGACCCUCAUUCUAUAUGAAAUUCCUUGAGGAUGAGAGCGAAAGUGAGGACUGGCUGAGUGCCUUGGAGGAAGCUGUGCAACAGGCCACGAUGCCCAAAAAGCCGCGUACCUCGCUGCAGCGAUACAAGUCGAUGCCUACCACCGGAGACACAUCUAGUGGCGUCUCCACGAUAACAAGCGUAACAGCCGGCCGGGGAAGCUCGACAAGUACGAGUGCCUCCAACGCAUCUGGAACAGCGAUGGCCAAUACGUCGCGUAUCAAGCGUCAUGCCAGCUCACAUGCCCUAUCCCCGGCUACUUCGCAUGCGCGCGGAAAACUUUUUGGCAGCCGGAAAUGAAACCCGACACGGUUACUGGCUACCGGC